UUGUCAAACGCAAACAAUAUUCGGAAAUGGGGUCGAAGGUCGUAUCUAAUGCCAAGGAGUUUUGCAGUCUUCUUAGAUCUUUUCAGGAUGACAAAAGCAGGAAUUCAUGCACAUAUGAGGAGGAAAUUCAUAUUAUAAAGUCGACCGGAGACAAAAUUACCGCUGUGAAUUUUUACAGUGCCAACCAGACAAUCUUUGUCUGCGAAAAAGAUGUACCAAACAUAAGUGGACUUGUUGAUGAGCUGAACACAGAGACAUCCAACUGUUCAGGGGACAAUGACGAAGACCAUUACGAUGUCUUCCAAAAGGAGCAAGGAUCCCAGCCACUUACAGUCAUCAAAGCUAGACAGUUGCUGUCUUUAUACACAUUAUCUCAAAACCCUAGUGUGUCAGCAGUGGACCAAAAACUUAUCUUACAUCCUCUCUGGGUGCGAUGUGACAUGGGGGAUGCUGAAGGAACUGCCUGGUUUGGUACUGAACCAGUCUGUGUGGGAGGCAAAGUAACAGGGGUCAAAUUAUAUUCUGUUACCUGCAAAGGUUCACCAGUGGAAAGAAAAUCUUUGUUAACCCUGGAAGAACUUAAACAAGUGCACAGGAAUAGAUACCCUCGCUCCUCUAUCGGGAUUAAAGGAACUGCAAGGUUUAGUUUGUUUGGGUCCACCGUUGUGGACAACUCCACCAUCGAGUCCCAAAGCAGCAUAAUGGUGGACUUCAAGUGGAGUCAUGUAGAGAGUAUUCUUGAGAUCCCUCCAUUGUCUUCUUCUGCAGUUCUAAAUAUCAAAGUUGUCUGUGGGGACAUGAGAAGCCCGAUGUUUGAGAUAUACAGGGAGCUAGAGUUUCUUCAGACACUUGCAGAUGGUUUGAAAACUGGCGAGACUGAAUGGAUGGAGCCUUUGGAAAGCACAUCAGCUGUAAAUCUGACUAAAGCCUACCUUGAAGAGCUUCAGAAUUUGGCAAAAACAAUACAGGUUCAAACAGCUAAAACAGCAGAGACACAGAAGCAGGAGAUGGAUCCUCCCAUUUCUAAUUCCUUCUUGGAAAGAGGAGAUUUGGAUUUUGUGGAGGAGCUGUGGGUCAGGAUGAGAAAAAGCGUGACUUCAUACCAGGACAUUGGAGACUCUCUGAAGCUGGUUGUUGAAGCUCUACGAUACGGUGACAUUAAGCCUUGGAUUCACAGAGACAGCAGCAGCUCUCUCAGCAAACUGAUCAUUCAGUCUUACCAACAACAGAUUGAUCACGUGUCUCUGACAGGCAUCACCCCAGUCAUCAUGUUGCUGGAAAUGGGAGUAGACAAGAUGAGAAAAGACUACAUCAACUACUUCAUUGGUGAGGAAUUGACAACUUUAAACCACUUGAGUUACUACCUGAGCACAGAAGUCGAUCUGCAAGAGCAAGUGAUCCGACUCAGAAAACUGCACCACUUGUUGGAAAUAAUAGUAACCUGCCGCACUUUCUUGGGUUUGCCCUACGACCGACUCUUUGCUCUCACACAAUUGGGUUUGAAUCACUACAAAACCUCGACAUAUGAUGAGGAACAUGAAUUCCAUCUCCAGAUCAAACCAGCCCUGAUAAGCCAUUUCUAUCAAAAGGAGCAACCUGUGGUGUGGGGAGUCGAGAUAUCCAGUGGUCAAGGUCCUCGUGAGGUGCGGACAUCCUUACAGCUCAGUGACAAGCCUCUGGUUGAUCACGUCAUCUUUGAAAUAGAUAUGCCAAAUGAAACUGUAAAUGAAGACACCAAGGAGCAUGUCUUCUUUUCUACAAUGAUGUGCUGCAGCUUCAUCAGCUUUGCAUAAAUUUACUUUUUGCAUUUGCUAUUAUUAUUAGCUGUUAUCUCUACUGAUCUGUUUGUUGGAUUCAUUUUGAGUUUUUUAAUAUGUUCUCAUGUUUGUUCAGUGGGGCUGUUAAGAGAUUCACAAGAGGCUAUAUGUUGAACAAAGUUUAAUCCUGAUAAAAGCACAAAGGCAAUCUUCAUUUGGAAAAUUACAACAUGAAAUAAAAGUACUAUACUACA